AUGUUUGCAUGUGAGCGUUGCUAUUCUCGCAAGACGAAAUGUGACCGUCGUCUGCCCCAGUGCAGCUCAUGUACAAAAAGCCGAUCGCUCUGCCAGUACUCAAACAAGCGCAGAGACCGACACUUUCAACGAGGAUAUCUAACAUCAAUUGAGACGCGGCUCCAUGAGCUAGCGCGUGACAAUGAACAGCUCAGGGAGCAUCUAUCUAUCCGACAAGACUGUGGAGAUUCUAGGCCGGUUCAUCAACCUGCCAACCGACACAGUUUGCCUGGGUCUCGUCCGGUUGGCGCUUUACAUUACCUAACACAGCCUAUUGAUCCCUUGUCACGGACUCCGGGAGAGGAACUGUCCUACUUGGGAUCAAGUAAUGGCGUAGAUUUCGUCGACGUUGUUGGACGAGUUGUCGAUGCAACCCAUACUGGUGGCCUGUUCGGGCGAAUGAGCGCUAGCCGAGGUAUACCCAGGCGAGUAGCUCUCCCACCUAUACCUCAAUCUGUAGUGCUGGUGGAUGAGGCAUUGGCAAUGCCCUUGAUCAAGGCUUACUUCAGCCAUUGGCACCUCACCUUUCCGUUACUUCACCCAGUCGCAUUUAUGCAAAUGGUGCAGCGAAUGUAUUCCGAUCCCAGUAUCUAUCAGCGGAAUGCCGCAAAUGCUUUCGUCUUUGACAUGGUUCUGGCCCUCGGCUCGGUAGCGUCAAAGACAGUCGAGUGGUCUUUUGUGCAUACGGAAUCCCAUUUUACUCGCGCAUUGACUCAUCUAGGUUCCUUGUCGCAUCUGCGAGAUAUCCGAUUGCUGCAGGCAUUAUUACUAUAUUGCAAGUAUGGGAUCCAUGCGAGCCUGCGCGAUACCUCUAGCGACGUGUGGGAAGUUCUGGGUAGAGCCACUCAAUUGUGCGUUGAACUUGGCCUGCACAAAUAUAGCCUGUCCAUUUUACCAAAGUGUGAAACGCAUCUCACUGGGUCCAUACCAGCCUCAAUGCAGGUAGAACUCCAGCGAAGGUGCUUCUGGUGUUAUUAUAACCUGGAAAGGAUCGUGAGCAUUUCCCUCGGACGACCACUGGCUCUCCACGACGACGACAUCCAUGUACCGUUGCCCUCUGCGAUAGAUGAUGAUUCGCUCGACCGAGCCCUCAUGGAAACGCGCCCUCCCUGUCGAACAGUGUCUCCCUUUCUGCAUCAUGUUCGAUUGCGUAAAAUCCAAGCCAAAAUCCAUCGAUCUAUGUAUACCAGUCGUUUCACUCAAGCCCUACCUUUGCGAGAAAAGCAAGCUGUUCGAAGGGAGAUCUUCAGUGAGCUUCAAGCUUGGAGACACGAUGUUGCCCUUCUUCAACUGCCAUCAAUAGAUCAGUCAUCCGUAAUCACAUCAGUCUUUCUUCAUCCAAACUGGUACCAAGCUCUAUACUACAGCGGGUGUCUACUACUAUUCCGACCUUCUGCAACGUUUCCUGCCACGGAAGGGCACGAAUCUGACGAAGACAUCAAUGAUGUUUUACAAACGAUUUGGAGCUCAUCUCGUCAUGUAUUAGCUAGCUAUUUGGACUUGCUACGUUCUCGCCAUUUAAACUACUCUUGGGUAUGUUUAUAUACGAUAUUCAUGGCCGGGCUUGCAAAUGUGCAUAGUGUUGGUUGUUGCGCACAAAGGCGAAGCCGGGGGAUUCAAGCCUUCCUUCCAUCAUACCUUGAUGUUGUCUUAGAUGUCCGUGACUGCUCAAGUAUUUUGACGGCUAUAUGCGAGAGAUGGGAUGAUGCGCGGGUGUCAUGCGAUAUUUUUAACCAACUGAGCAUGAGUGCUUUAAAAGAGCUUGCCGCUGUAAGCUUUCAGCAGAAACAUGAAGCAACCGAAGUUCCAGAGGCGAAAUUGGGAAGCAAUAAUACGAUAGGACAACAGACAUCAGCGACUGCUGCGCACCAGCAAAAGGGGUCUGCGCGCGAUAAUUUCUCCAUGCUGUCAUAUGAAUCAUCUCUACCGGGUUGUACAGACCCAGCUACUACACUAGAUGGUUUCCUUGACGGCCAGUUGCCUAACUUGAGCCCUGUUGUUGAGUUUCAGCAAUUGUUUCAAGAUCUGCAAAGUUCCAUCCAUACGACCGACUGGGUGCAGGCCAACGAAGUCACGUUAGGAUUCUCGCAGGAGUGGUUUGAAAGAUAG